AUGAACCGAAGCGACUAUCGAGUCAUCAUGCUUUACGAAUUUAAAUUGGGAAACUCUACGGCAGAAGCACCUCGUAACCUUAACAGGGUUUUCGGGUCAGACUGUCCUUGCGAACGAACAGUGGAGCUCUGGUUUAAAAAAUUCGCUUCUAACGAUUUUGAUCUCAAAGAAAAACCGCGUCGCUGUUGCGGGUCGUCGCUGGAUAAUCUGGAGAGAACCGUAGAAGCAAAUCCGGAGACUGACAAACGGACGUCAGCAGAAGACCACGGCGUACAUCAUACUACAGUAGUUAGACAUUUGGUGGAAAUUAGCGAGGUGAAGAAGAUGUCUGACGAAGAGCAGCGUCUGGCACGUUACGGCAUGUGUUCUAACCUUUUGAUUCGGUUAAAAUAUGAGCCCUUUCCUAGUCGUAUUAUAACUGAAGAUGAAAAGUGGGUUCUUCUCGAUAACAGGAAACGUGGAUUUGUGUGGGUAGAUAAGGAUGCCCCUCCAAACACUUUUCCUAAAGCCGAUUCAUCCAAAAGAAAGUCAUGCGCUUACAGUUUGGUGGUCUGUCGGGGUUUAAACCACUACGGCUUCAUGCAAGCAGACCAGACAAUUACAGCCGAGUCCUACUGCUGCGAUUUAGAGCAUAUAUAUGAAAAGUUGCAAAAAUUGUGGCCGGCAGUGGUGAAUAAAGGAGGACCGAUUCUGCUGCAGGCCAUAUACCGCACAAAUCACCUGGCACAAAACAGCUUAAACCAUUUAGGUACAGAAGUUCUCUCCCACCCACCGUAUUUCCCAAACCUUUCUUCAAAAGGCUAUCACUUUUUCCGAGCGCGUGAUUAA